UGAACUCGAUGAGUGAAUGACCAGCCCAAACCACAAAGUAACGGGCUUUGUUAUUUAUAUUGGCCAUAAGAGCUCCAACUUCUUUCGUAAUACCAAAAAGGCCCAUUAAAGCGAACUGUUAAAUCUUUCGUUUUAACCCCAUACAUUUUUUAAUUUGAUCAAUUGGCUCCCAUCUUCUCCGCCGGCGUCCUUCAAUUUCCUCCGGCUUCUAAACCAAAAACACCUUCCGUCUCCCGCGUCCGUUUUACUCCGCUUUGUAGCAAUGGCGGACACCGAAAUGGAAGAGCAAGAUGUUGCUUCUGAGGAUAAGACUCUUACUUUGGACACUGAUCUUCAUUUGCCUGAUGUUCCCAUUGCUGAUGUUGAUCAGUCUGAGAAGAAGAUUAGCAGUGAUGGUGGCCAAGAGGAAUCCUCAUCAACUCCUCAAGUUGCUGUUGAGAGUGUUAAGAAGUGGAAGACUUGGUUGCUAAGUGACUCUGAGGUUGAUGAAGCAGGGAGACCAGAGGAUCAACAGGAGUUUAUUAAAGAAGUUGAGGCUUAUAACAAGGAGAAUUUCUUGGAUUUUAAAGCUCCCAAGUUUUAUGGACAGCCCUUAAACUGUCUCAAGCUAUGGCGAGCCGUCAUCAAGUUAGGUGGCUAUGACGUGGUCACUGCGUCUAAGCUAUGGCGGCAAGUUGGAGAAUCCUUCAAUCCUCCCAAGACAUGCACUACAGUCUCCUGGACAUUCCGCAUUUUCUAUGAGAAGUCACUCUUGGAGUAUGAAAAGCAUUUAAGGCAAAAUGGUGAGCUUAACCUUCCUGGUUUACCUGUUCUUCCACCUGCUGGCCUUGAAAAAGAGGCUAUCAGCCACCAAGGCUCUGGGUCAGGCAGGGCACGAAGAGAUGCUGCAGCUCGUGCUAUGCAAGGUUGGCAUUCUCAGCGCCUUCUUGAAUCUGGAGAUGUUACUGAGCCUAUUGUUAAGGAUAAAGGCUUGAGUUCUACCCCAAAGCAAAAGAACCUCAAAAACAUUGGGGUGCAUAAACAAAAAACACCAAGCGGCAUGGACCUUGUUUUAUCACAUGAAACAGACAAACAGGUCAAUCGCCGAGGUUAUAGAUGUUGGACCACCUGCAGACUGGGUGAAGAUAACUGUCAGAGAAACUGUGAGUACCUCAGCCUCACAUAUAAAGACUGCUUUGAGAUAUUUGCACUGAUACCUGGACUUCUUCGUGAAGAGGUUCGAGUUCAGUCAGACCCUGCAGGGCGGCUGGUUAUAGCAGGCCAGCCUGAACAACUUGACAAUCCUUGGGGAAUCACACCCUUCAAAAAGGUUGUGAAUUUUCCAGCAAGAAUCGAUCCGCUGCACACAUCAGCGGUCGUGAGCCUGCACGGUCGACUGUUCGUGCGUGUCCCAUUUGAGCAGUGAAAGGAAUCUCAUCUCAAAAGUGAUGAGCUCGUUCUUUUUCUCUAUGUUUCUUCAGUGAUUUCGACGACCUCUAUCUUUCUUUAGAGAUUCGUUUGUAUCAGAAGGAACUAAAAACGUUAGCAAAUGUGAUAAUGUUACUGUUAACUUGAGUUCAGAAGAUUGAAGUAGAAAUGCGAACAAAACAUUGAUGUAUUGUCUUCCAUUAAAGUUAGUAGGAAUGUUAUGGUUUUCUAAGCAUGUA